UAAGAAGAAGAAACAGAAACUAGCUAGGGAUUAUUGUUGACAUUCUGUCGUACUGACAUGUCUAACUAACGGAAUUAAGUUCUUGGAAAUUAUUGCGAUUCUAUUGAUAGAUAGCAAAUAAUUGUAAUGUCCAUAUUAGACGCAUCUUUUUUCAAAGCAGAUGAAACUUCGGUCUGAUUUAAAGGUGUGAGAGCCGCCAGCGUUGGGACAGUCCAUCCGUGUGUCUGUGUCUGCGCAGGUGUGUGUCAGUCGACUGGCACAGCUCGGAAUGCAAGAUGCUGUUCUCCCUGGGGAUGCUGAUGCUGUCCGCCACACAGAUCUACACCAUCUUCACUGUGCAGCUCUUCGCCUUCCUCAACCUGCUGCCCGUUGAGGCUGACAUUUCUGCCUACACAUUUGACAACAAAACGGGAAACUUUGAUGACCUGCCUGCACGGUUUGGGUACCGGUUGCCCAGCGAUGGACUCAAGGGCUUUCUGAUUGGUGCACGGCCCGAAAAUGCCUGCGAGCCCAUCGACCCGCCCCCUAUUCGGGACAACCUCACUGGUGCCUUCAUCGUGCUCAUCAAGCGCUUCGACUGCAACUUUGACAUCAAGGUCCUUAACGCCCAGAAGGCCGGGUAUAAGGCAGCGAUGGUUCACAACGUGGACUCUGAUGACUUAAUCAGCAUGGGAUCCAAUGAUCUGGAUAUUUUGAAGCAGAUAGACAUUCCAUCAGUGUUUGUGAGCGAAGAGACUGCCAACUCCCUGAAAGAGGACUACACAUAUGACAAGGGGGGUCAUGUGGUCCUCAUGCCGGACUUCAGCCUGCCUCUGGAAUACUACCUGAUCCCCUUCCUCAUCAUCGUGGGAAUCUGCCUCAUCCUCAUCGUCGUUUUCAUGAUCACAAAGUUUGUCCAGGACAGACACAGGGCUCGGAGAAGCCGUCUGCGCAAGGACCAGCUGAAGAAACUCCCCAUUCACAAGUACAAUAAAGGGGAUGCCUACGAUGUGUGUGCCAUAUGCCUGGAUGAGUAUGAGGAGGGAGACAAGCUCCGGGUCCUGCCCUGCUCUCACGCUUACCACAACAAGUGCGUGGACCCCUGGCUGACCAAGACCAAGAAGACGUGUCCCGUGUGCAAGCAGAAGGUGGUCCCCUCUGCGGGCGACUCAGACUCCGACUCGGAGGAGGGCGACAGCGAGCCCGAUGAGAAUGAGGUGUCAGAGAGCACCCCGCUGCUGCGCUCCCUGGCCUCCACCAGCGGCCACUCCUUUGGCACCGUGUCGGGCGCCUCGCGCUCCGAGCCCGAUCAGGAGUCAUCCGAGUACGAAGACGACCACCUGGACACCAGCGAUGACAGCGAGAUCACUGUGGAGACUGUCACCGUGGAAACGGUGGUGCAGGAGCCUGGUCCCAACGACCACGACCCGUUCCGCGCCUGAUUGGUUGGCCUGAGUUGACAGACAGGUGGCCGGUUCCCCCGCCCCUCUCUCCCACUCACCCUAUGGGGCUGCAGAGACUCACGCUGGAGGCGUGGUCGAGAGGAUUUGUUUAAUUUUUACAUCUCCGUUUAAUAAAAAUCUAUUUUAUCUCCUUCCAAGUUUAGAAUGCAAAUCACCAUAAUUCUCCUUUUGUUGUAUUUUUUACCUGAUUACUGAAGGGUGGGACAAUGUGCAGAUAGUGUCUGGAUGACAAGAUGAGUGUCAUCACGUGUUUUGGGCUAACCGGCAUCGAUUUCACAGGAAUGUUGCUGUACAGUAGACUGUACUUUACUCUGGUUUAUCAGUAUGGGGUGGUUUUCUGCAGACAUCCUCCGACUAGGGUUAUACUCUAUUCACUGUGAGAAAGGGCUCGAUGCUGCCGUGUGCACGAGCAUGCUUGACACCAACUGUGAAGGAAUGCAUUGUGUAUUUAUAUAAUGUAUAGAUCACCAUAAUUAACAUCUUAAAACAUUGAUUAUUUUGUAGCCUGUAUAUCUGUAUGCCUCUGUAUCAGAAGGUGGGGAAGCAAAACAAAAAAGUGAUAUUGUAUAUAUUCCUGCUGCAUAUGCAUAUAAUGAUCUAAAUCUAAAGUACUAUGCAGCAGCCUUUUAUAAAAUUGAUUGAACUGACCUUUUCCAUGUGAAUAUAUAAAAACGAGAGGCCAUGGGAACUGGGUUUUGCCAAUCGCUCUCUACCCUGAGAUCCUGGAGCCAGUCGCUCAUCUCAGAGUAUGAUUUUGAUGCGACUGAUCUGUUACGUUGACCUGCACAGACAAAAUUAAGUCAAACCGGUUGUGCAUUCAGCCAAAGGAAGAAAAGUUUGCUAUGUGUUUGCCCAAUGUUAUGGGUAACCUCUCUGCAGUCGUGUAAUACAAGCAGAGGGGGUGGGGAGAAAAAUAUUUGUUCAGAUAGUACCCGCGUCUACACUGCUACAAGCAGCCUGCUGUAAUUUGGCUGCUCUAGACAUAUCACACACCAAUUCCCUGAAAUGCAUGAUGCCAUUGGUGGAUAGACCUUGCAACAUGUAUUUGGUUUCACGGCAUAUUGUAAUACUGUAAGUAGGAAGUUCUACAAGUAAAAAUUGUUUUUCUAAUAUGACUUGUAGUGUUCUAUGUUGAGUCCUGUUGCCUUUUUAUUUGAUGUCUUGUAAAUAUCUUAUGCUCACACAUGCCUGUAUUCAAUUUAAUUUCACUUCAAUAAAGACACUGUUUGUCAAAAGAA